CAUCUAAAUUCAAAGUGCCAUGUAGACAUGGAACCCAUCUUCAUUCGUGACUGUUGUGUGGUGUUCUAGUACUACCUUCGCGAGUAUAAUGGUCUUGAAAAGCAACCGUAAUAAUUAAACACUUACUGGCGCAACCAAGGAAACGUCGAUCCUUGGCAAAUCAAGAGGAUAAGUUCAGUGUAGCAUGAAACCACCGAGAACUACAACCGCUGAAUUCCCUCUCAGUACUUAAAAGUAAUGGAACUAAGCAACGUCACGCUGCUCCUAAUCGUUAAUUUUCUGCAUUCUAUGGCCUCUGGGUUGAUACUACCGACACUAUCGGACCAUAUCGUGGCCUGUGGAGGCAACCAAGUUCUCUUGGGUGCGUUGUGUUCGUCGCUGUACGUCUUCAACACACUGUCAACAAAUUUCAUGACCCUCUUCGAACUAGGUAGAAAAGAUUCUCUGACUGUUUCCGCGUACUUCGCCUUCUUCACCAGUCUCGUGUUGGUCUUUUUCAACAACCCAGGUGUAAUAUGGCUCGACAGGUGCAUCUACGCGCUGACGAAUCAAGUCAACUGGUUCUCCAAAGAAUACGUGAUGAACGACAUCGAAGAAUCACUCCACAUCAGAUAUUGCAACCUCUUAGACGUAUCAAAACUCCUCGGAAUGGUACUCGGGAUGCUGCUAGCUGGUCACGUGCACUCAAAUGGUGGUUUCACCACGAUCGCGAUGGCCAUCACCGUCCUCGCGUUUCUAAACAUCAUUUUACUGCAAUACGUAGAACCCGACCGCCGCCAUCUCCGUCGACAACUAAGCAAACUCCUAGAACUCCCGUCCGAAUGCUACGACCAACUGGAAAAUCUUCGAGAUGCGGAACUUGCAGCUGAAUGGCCCAUGGUUCUUUUUCUUGUGGUUCACACUUUCGUCUUCACGGUUUAUUUUUCCAAGCAUGUUUAUAUACUGAAAGCUAGCUACAACCCGAGUCUUAUUAUUAUCAGCUACCAUGUGGCGUAUCACUUUAUGCUCAAAUUUCUCUGUGAUGUUUUUGUACCGUUCAUCCAAAGUCGUUUCCGCCGCAGAAAGAGUCUUUUUAAUUUAUCGGUAGCGAUUUGCGCGAUUUCGAUUAGUGCCCUUGGUCCGGCUCCCACUCUUGAAGUUUAUUGGAUGUUCUUCGUACCGAUGCUUGCUUCGUAUACUGUCAUUAACUCGCUUCUGGAAGAAGAUUAUUUUGAGUUGAGGUGGGAUACGAGUUUUCGUGAGGCGGUUAAUACGCUUCAGAUUAUAGUGAAUGUUGUUGGGCCGGUGGUGUUUGGGAUUUUGUGUGAAACGUUCGGGGCUAGCGCUUUAUAUUUGUUGCAUAUUUUUCCUAUUACGGUGGUGAUUUAUCUGGUUUGGCAGUGGUUCUACGACGAAGAUCUGGACGAUGAAGUUGAUCCGGUUUCAGCAAGAAGAGGCGAAGAGGAUAAAGAGAAAGAAGAUUAGUCUGAGGUGUACGUUGUAGCAAUAAAGACCUUUCUAAAGA